AUGUCAGCAAUAUAUCGUGUCCUGAAACGUGACAAGGACGCGAGUAAACAGGGAAGUGACUUUAAAAGAUCAAGGGAUAGACUUAAUCGCCAAAGGUGCCUGCUUGUCUCUUCUCGUGGUGUGAUACAUAGGCACAGACAUUUCAUCAAUGAUUUGCAAUCAAUGUUGCCUCAAUCAAGGAAGGAGCCAAAACUAGACUCCAAAAAGAAUCUUUUCGAGUUGAACGAGCUCGCAGAACUACACAACUGCAAUAAUAUCAUGUACUUUGAGAGUCGCAAACAUCAGGAUCUCUACAUGUGGCUUUCGAAAACCCCUAACGGGCCAAGCAUAAAGUUUCACAUUCAGAAUUUGCACACAAUGGACGAGCUCAAUUUCACCGGGAAUUGUCUAAAAGGGUCACGUCCAAUAUUGUCGUUUGAUAAAACGUUCGAUUGCGAUAUUCACUUGAAAAUUCUCAAAGAAGUGUUCAUCCACCAAUUUGGAGUCCCUCCUGGUGCAAGAAGAUCAAAGCCCUUCAUUGAUCACUUGAUGACUUUUGCUUACUUGGAUGGAAAAAUAUGGGUCCGCAAUUAUCAGAUAAGCGAGCCUAUGGGUGAUCAAACAGAGCAGUCAGAUCUGGAGGAAAUGAAAUUGAUCGAAAUUGGACCCAGAUUUGUUCUCACUUUGAUAACCAUACUGGAGGGCUCUUUUUGUGGCCCGAAAAUCUAUGAAAAUAAAGAAUACGUUUCUCCUAAUGUUGUUAGAUCGACGCUUAAAGUUGAUGCUGCUAGAAAGGCCGUUCUUCGGCAAGAAAAAUCGAGAUUGGCACGGCACGGAAAAGAAAAUGGCACUAAGAUUAUGGGAGACGACGAGCUUUUCGCCUGA